AUGAAACCGCCUUCUCAACUGAUUAAGACAAAGGGUGCACCGAAGAAAUUGAAGCCUACACCGAAUGACAACUCGACUACACUGGCUCUUUCGUAUUGUGAACACGUCAAUAAACUUUUUCCCGACUCACUGACUCCAAAAUCUCAAAAAUCUCAAACAAGAUCAAAUAAAGGAGCUCGCAUAAGCAAACCGCCUUCGACACCUAUUCCGCCGAAAAUUCCAAUCAUCGAAGAGAUGCCUAUUCCACCGAAAAUUUCAUUCAUCGAACAGAUGUCGGUUUUUAUGCACAAAUACAUUAAGAGGAUCAUCAACGUUGCGGAGAACGGUAAUUGCGGUUACCGGGCCGUAUCACCGUUGCUUGGUAAUGGAGAGGAUAGCCAUACGCUUGUCCGUCAACAACUUAUCCAAGAGUUGAAUAUGCAUAAAGACUCGAGCACACGGUUAUAUGGUGACGAAGUUAAAUUUGAAGCGGUUAACGAAUAUCUUGGUCCUUGGUUGGGCGCUUACGCACCAGUGUCAAAAUGGAUGAAAUUCCCGGAAAUGGGACAUCUUAUUGCAAGCGCGUAUGGUAGGGUGUACAUUGACUUGACGCGUUAUGGUUUUUCGAAAACUUUUUCCCCCUCCGCACCGCAUUUACUUGAAACUGAGAUGCCCAUACCACCUACAUCGUCGGAAUGGGCGCUUCAUCAUUCCGAAGAUGCUGAGACAUGA